UUCCUGACAGUCCCUUUCUAUUGAAAGAAUUUGCGGCCGCAGCGGUGCUCACACAUGUCAUGCCCCGCUGGGGUGAUGAUGGCUACAUGCUGUAUCAAGCGGACCAAUCGGGCAAUUGGGCCCACAUCAUGGAACCAAAGUCCACUUUCUACGCAAUGACUUUGGAUACCUGGGAGACCUUUGCAGCGAUCCGCUACAGGACCCCGAGAGGAUUUCUGAGUGAAGAAGAGCCGGAGCUUCUAGGUGCAGGUAUGCCAGCCCAUGCUUUCGUUCCUGUUGAUAUGCAGGGUCUCGAUGGAAAUGCUGCUCUUGGAGGCCUUGUUUCUGAGCACAGGAUUCAGCAUGACUUGAAGGUGUUCAAGCUUUUGGAAAGCAAAGGCUUGCUGCCUAAAGUUGCUCAGGCAAGAGAUGCAUACGCUCGUGUGCUUCGUUCGGCUACAAGAGUGAGGGAGGGGAUCAUGGAACUAACAGCUGAGCAGUGGCACAGCAUUUACCCUUACCACAAUCGAAGAUUAUACAUUCAUCCCUGUCCGCGCUUGGUGCAAGCUCUGAAUCCUGCAUCAUCCCUGGAAACCCGAUUGCUACAAAGCAGCUCUCAAAAGGUGACAAGCAGAGCUGGAGGUUUCCUCUCAGCAGGUGGUGUCCUUGUCAUUGAUAAUCUCUUGACGCCAGAGGCCAUGAUGCAGCUACGAGACUUUGCAGAGCUUUCCACGGUUUGGUACCGAGAGAGACCAAAUUUUCUGGGCGCUGGCUUGAGCACCGGUUUCUCUCCCCAACUCUUGGCCCAAGUGGCGGAGGAACUGAAGAUACUCCUUGCAGAUGUUCUUUGUGAUUUGCCCCUGACCAAUGUUUGGGCUUUUAAGUUUGGCGAUCAGGGGACUGACCUACUUGCAGAUCAAGCAGCAGUGAACGUUCAUUUCUGGCUCUCCCCAGAUGGAAUCGAGCAAAACGAGUCCACGGGUGGGAUUACCAUCUAUGAUGCAACGACUGAUGUCGAACCCUUGCCUUUGGAAGGACACAGCACUGGAAGCAUGCUGGAAGAGCUUGUCAGACAGCGGGACGGCAAUAACAUUUCGAUACCAUCGCUGCAGAAUCGUGCAGUUGUAUUCGACAGUGCCCGGAUUCAUGCAGAGAAGUCAUCAAUUCGAAAGUCAGAAGGGAACAGGUUUGAGCAUCAGAUCAGUGUCAGCCUGCUGUUUGGCCUCAAAGGUUUGUACUGUACCCAGCGUCGCUCCGCUAAAGUGACGUUCGAGGAUGAGGUGACCAAGCUUGCUUCUGAGGGCAGCACAAGCAAUGGGUGACCGACAGUGAGACCACGGAGGUGUGCGAAUACGUUUCUGUGAUCCGCGAAGUGUGCAGAUCAUGAUGCAUCAUCUCCGGACGCUGCGAAUCAUAUCGAAUCAUACCCAACUAUCCCAACUGGUCCAGGGGCUUCACAAAGGAACUCGUGCCGCAAGACUUGAAGGAUGUGUAGGCGCUCCUAGGCGCUCCUCCACUUGUUCGGACCUUUUUGAUGAGGGGAUCCCCGAGCAGGUCGUAGAAAAGUAGCUCCUCACCCGGUGCGAAUCUCGUCGCAAAAA